AUAACUAAUGUUUAACCGAAUACAUAUAAAAUAAUAACGAAAACAUAAAUACUUACAUAAAUAUUGAAAAUUCCAUAAAAUUGAAUUGGCAAAAGACUGUAACGAAGCUGCGGCUUAUGUGGCAUAUGUUUGGUCAGUGUGUUCAGCAAAAGUGAAGGAUUUUUGUUUCGUAGACAUCAAGGAUAUACAGGAAGCAACAUGCCGAGCUCCAGGCGCGCCAUCUUGGGACAUAUUUUGUCUGGACUAUGCACCAAAAUGAAUCGCACCAAGCCGGUGCCCGCUGAUGUGAUGGAGACACCGCUCAAGCGUUGCUUAAACACCUUUGACAUAGCACUGCUGGGCAUUGGUCACAUGGUUGGUGCCGGCAUUUACGUUUUAACUGGCACGGUGGCCAAGGAGAUGGCCGGACCAGGCAUCAUUUUGUCGUUUGUGCUCGCGGGUUUCGUUUCCAUGCUGGCGGCGCUCUGCUAUGCGGAGUUUGGAACACGCGUGCCGAAAGCUGGAUCAGCCUAUGUGUAUACCUACAUAUCGAUUGGUGAGUUUUGGGCAUUUGUCAUUGGAUGGAACAUACUGCUGGAGCAUAUGCUAGGUGCUGCCUCCGUGGCACGCGCUUGGAGCGGCUAUGUGGACUCUAUGCUGGGCGGCUGGAUAGCCAACACUACGCUCGCGUUGAUGGGCGACAUACAGGAGCCUGGCCUUGCUCAUUAUCCGGAUGUGCUGGCAUUUUUGGUCUGCAUCGUCUAUGCAGCUGCAUUGGGCAGCGGAGUCAAGGCUACGGCCGUAUUUAACAGUAUUCUUACCCUAGUUAACAUUGGCGUCAUGCUGGUGGUCAUUAGCGUGGGCUUUUGGUAUGCCGACAUCAAUAACUGGUCCGAAGCUCAAGGUGGAUUUUUGCCAUAUGGCGUCGGCGGUGUCAUUGCAGGCGCCGCCACUUGUUUCUACGCCUUUGUAGGCUUUGAUUCUAUUGCCACAUCUGGCGAGGAAGCUAAGAAUCCCUCCGUCUCCAUACCCAUUGCCACUGUGCUGUCCCUCUGCGUUGUCACCGUGGGUUAUAUACUAGUCAGCGCUGCCCUUACGCUUAUGAUUCCCAUUAGCGAAAUUAAUCCCGCCGCCUCCUUGCCAGAGGCUUUUGGUCAGCUUCAGCUGCCGUGGGCCAAGUACAUCAUUUCCAUAGGCGCUCUUUGUGGCAUGACGACCACAUUGCUGGGAUCUCUGUACGCUCUGCCUCGUUGCAUGUACGCCAUGGCCUCAGACGGAUUGCUCUUUAGCUGCUUUGGUCGCAUCAAUGCUAGCACUCAGGUGCCCCUUUUAAAUUUGAUUGUCUCUGGACUGUUGAGCGCCAUUCUGGCACUAGUCUUUGAUUUGGCUAAACUGGUAGAGUUCAUGUCUAUUGGCACAUUGCUGGCCUAUACCAUUGUGUCUGCUAGCGUUAUUAUACUGCGCUACCGCCCUUUGGCGCAUGUCGGCACUCCCAAUCCUGUUUAUGCACCAGACACGCCAGACGAUGAGCAUGAAGAGGAUCUCGAUUCGCAGUCAAGCAUUGACACAGCUUCGCCUACUAGCGAUCUUAUCGAGGGCGCUCUUGCCGGACGCCUCAAGCCUCAAUUUCGUUGGCUAGAGCCACUGCUCGGACGCUUUGCGCCUGGCUCCGUAGUCUCGGUGGCAGUGCUAAUUUUCGUAGUAUUGAGCUUUGCCAUCUGCUUGGAGCUUAAGGUUAGUUGGACGGAACUAUAUACUGGAACUUGGUGGGCCUUGCUAGUUUACGGUUUCAUAAUUUUUUCGGCUUGCACCUGUGUUGUCGUCAUUGCUGUACACAAUCAGAACACGCGCGGCUUGAACUUUAAGGUGCCGCUCGUGCCGUUUGUGCCCGCCUUGGGUAUAUUUUUCAACAUCAUGCUGAUGGUACAUCUGGAUGCUGUGACCUGGGUGCGCUUUUUUGUAUGGGUAACGAUUGGCAUGGUGGUGUACUUUCUAUAUGGAAUUCGUCAUAGCAAGGAGGGUGAGUUCUGUUCCUCCUACUCCAUUCUGAUGACCUCCUCCGAGGCGGGUAAAUUAAAUUGGGGCUCCUUCAAAGCAUCUAGAUCCACUGGCAAGCACACUGUGCUUGAGCGUUUCAUGGGUCGCAGCAAGCGAGAAGAUAAGAAGCCUAUUGUUGAGGAGGAAUACGAUGAUAAUACUGAGAGCCAUUGUGUCCAUUAAACUCAAUACAUACCAAAACCAAGCCCAUAAUUAUCUGUAUUUAACAAAGCACAACGGUCUGUGAAGAAACAUCCUUGAUUUGAUCAACUGUUAUCACAAAAAAAAUAUAUUACAUAUAUUCAAACUGUCGGAGAAACACAAAUAAUAUUAUAUUAUGUAUUUACAAGUAUAUGAUUAGCCCAUACAUUGUCAAUAUCUACUUAUUGUACACAAAUAUUAGUAUGCUACAAUGCGUAUUUGUUAAGUGUGUGUGCGUUUAGUCAAAUUUUACAAUUUCUCAAACUAAUAUUCCUAUUACAAUUGUUAAAAAUGUACACUCCCCUACGAAAACAACUAAACGUUACACACACUACUAUAUUAUUGCUAACAUCAAACACUACAUAAUAAUUGUUUAUGUUAUCUGUG